AUGACAAAUGUGGAGAUUCAGUUGAAGGGUUCUCCUCGUGCAACUGUGGGUCUUUCAGCAGUUGACAAAGCAGUAUAUUUGAUAAACGACAAAAACAAACUCACCAGGAAAUUGGUGAAAGAUACCAUGAAGUUAGGUGACCUUGCUUGCUCACCUGGUGGAGGGCUACAUGUUGGCCAGGUGUUUUAUCAUGCUGGUUUUGUUAUCAUGACCCAGGAUCUUGAUCGCACCCCUGCCACUGAAAUCAACAAUAUUCUAUGCUCUUUGAAACAAAUCACAGCUGAAGUAUCAUUUGGCCGAUACAGAAGGGCUUCUGAUUUUUGCUGUAUAAGUGGCAGAUACCGUCGUGGCCACAACUGUAAAGUUGCCUGGCAAGAGUUCAGCUACUACCGAAAAACAGAAUUUUGCCGAUCUGCUUUUAUGCAAUGUUGCAAUCCAGCUCCAGAAUUGCCUCCGACUAGAAAAGUUAUAACCUCUGGAGAAGUGGACGAGUCGGAGAAUGAAAGAACACCAUCUGCCCGUCUUCGACAAGAUGCUAAAUCCAUUUCCCCAAUUUUCAGCCUUUAUUUUCCUGAAUCGGAACUGUUUCAGGAAUAUAGACUCAAUCCCUCUGGUUUGCACAAAUUGAACUUCACAUUACCAGAUUCUCUAACUACUUGGCACAUCCAGGGAAUGAGCCUUUCAGACACAAGUCCAUUCUGUGUGUCAAAACCGAUCAGCCUGACUACUUUUAAGAACGUCAUCACAAAACUGAAUUUCCCACGUGUUGUGAAAAGACUGGAACAAAUUUAUAUCAAGGCUGUUGUCUACAACUACAAGACUCACCCAAUUAAUGUUAAAGUUAAUUUUCAUGAAACCAAAGAGAUCUGCUCACAUGCUGCCCCUGGUAAACCUUUCCCAGUUAAACUGUCUAUUCCUGCCAAGGACAUUGGGGUGGCAGGAGUGGUCAUUGUUCCUCUUAAAGCCGGCAAUUUCACCAUCCAUAUCGAAGUUUAUGAAGUGGAGAGUAACACUCUGGAAAUUAUUGAGAAAGUGCUCCAUGUCAAGUAUGAAGGAGUGAAAAAGACCAACAGUUUUUCUUUGAUGUUGGAUCCAUCUGGGACUUAUUCUGGCCAUAAAAGACACCGGCGUCAUAUUUUUAAAGAUGUUACAAUUCCUAAAAAUGAAAUUUCUGCUUCCCAAAAAAUGCAGCGAAUAAUCAUGAAACUCACUCAACCAGCAGAAGCCAUUGAUGGAUCAGCAAAAGGAGACAUUGUCAUCACAGGAAACAUCCUUGGUUCCACGAUCCAAACAACUCUCAAAGAACCGCACAAAUUACUCGAUAAGCCAUAUGGAUGUGGAGAACAGACGAUGAUCUUUUUGGCACCUUGUGUCUACAUCCUCAGUUAUUUGAACAGUACAAACCAAGGCAGCCAGGUGAUUUACGAAAAUGCUACAAGAUACAUCAGACUUGGUAUUUUAAGAGAACAAGAAUUCCGUAAAAUGGACGGAUCAUAUGCAGCAUUUGAUCAGAAUCCAUCAAGUGUUUGGUUGACUGCUUUUGUACUGAAGGUUUUUUGCCAAGCUUCAGAAUUUGAACAUGUUGAUUCCCACUUGACCAAGUCUGCCAUGACGUGGCUCUUUCAGAAACAACGUCUGGAUGGUUCUUUUAUAGAAGAUUAUCCUGUCAUCCACCAAGAGAUGGUUGGUGGUGUUAAUGACAGAGUGAUGACAGCUUUUGUCCUGAUAAGUUUAAUGGAGUGUGGCUACAAAAUGCACCCAGUUGAGAUUUACAGGCGGAAAAAUGAAAUCGACUUAGCAAUCCGGUAUUUGGAGAAACAGAUGGCUGUGACCUAUGACACUUAUGAUAUGGCUAUUAUUUCUUAUGCUCUGGCAUUGGCUGACAGUUCCAGAAAAUACGAGGCCCGAAUAAAACUCCGUAGUAUGGCUAUUGAGAAUUAUGAUAAAGGUUAUCUUUACUGGCGGGUCGGAGGUUAUUCCAAUGUGACUGCCAAAAAAGUCUCUGCCUGGUACCACACAGAAGAGUCAUAUUUGUCCGUUGAAGCCACAGCGUAUGCCCUUCUCACGGAAAUGCAUUAUGGAGAAGUUGAACAUGUUGGCCCUAUUGUCAAAUGGCUGAUUGAACAGAGAAACAGUGCUGGGAUGUUCAAGUCGACACAGGACACGGUGAUGGCCCUUCAGGCAUUAGCUGAAUAUGGAAUCAAGACCAUCACUCCGGAUAUCAACCUCUUCUUUAAUCUGACUUCAUCUCGUGCGCAUCUCCACAAACAUUUGACAGUCAACAAAGAAACUUCACUUUGGAGCCAUAUCAUUCCAGAUGUUCCUAUGAAUGACGAAGUUCUGAUAGAAUCUAUGGGAAUUGGUUCUGCCCAGAUGGAACUAAAUAUGUGGUACUACCGUCCACCUACACAAAGAGAAACUUGUCAUUUUAAUGUCACCCAUAUCAUCAUGCCAAUACAAAAAGAUGUUCGACGUUUAAUCAAACGAGGGUGUCCAUUAUGUGGAGAAUCCUGUCGUAACCUGAAUGGACCCAUUCUCAGAAAUUGGGAUGUUAGUGACCAAACAAUAUGCAUGAAAAUUUACCUUCGAUACCUUGGAACAUCAGAUCCUGGAAUGGUUGUCUUAGACAUGGAUCUUUUGACAGGAUAUGAUACUCAUGAGGAACUUCUGGAACAGCUAAAACUAGAUCGACUGAUUGCCAAAUAUCAUAAACAUGGUAACUCCAGACUGACCCUGUAUUUCAACACGAUUCCAUUCAACAAAGAAAUAGAAAUAAAACUUUUAAUGUUUCGAACAAUGAUCUACAUGAAUCGUCUCAUGCCAGCACCAAUAAAUGUCUAUGUCUACUACAAUGCAACUGAAAGUUGCACCAAAUUUUAUCAGUUGUCACGGGAGAAAGAUUUGAUCAACCUUUUGUGUGACUCCAGCAAAAAAGUCUGCAAAUGUGCACAAAGAGAUUGUGUGACCUGCUAUGAAAGCAUGAGUGAAUUGGUAAAUAUCAAAUUAAAAUUCUUGGAGAAAAAGUCAUGUGCAAAAGAACAAAUAGUGAUGAUUGUUAACAUGACCAGCACAUUUGACAGCAGUGGCACAGCUUAUGGUUUUGUGCAAGAGGAUUUGUCAAAAACAGAUAUCCCAGAUUUGGAAGAGCAUGUAGCCAUUUUCCAGAAAGGCAUUUGCCAUUGUCCGCAUGUCAAAGUCGGAGAAAUUUACUUGAUAAUGGCAAACAAACGAGUUCGUACAUUGGAUGAAUCUAAUCAGUAUAGACACAAAUUCUGGGUUGACAGUUCGGGUCUCAUGAUUAACAAGAAGAAUCAAUUUGUAAAAGGAGAGAUUGAUAUCUUUGAACAAAAGGCCAGGAGUCUAAGCCGUCAAGCCUUUUGUGGGUAA